ACAGACAGACAGAGCAUUUCUCUGCUACAGCUUGUUAGUUAUUUAGGAGUCACUAUGGAGAAAACCGCCUUCAAAUUACUGCUUCUAGGAGUUUUGUUUUCCUCACAUGUUGCUAUGGGUGUACCACGAAACAAAACAAUAAAAUUCCCCAAGAAACCCCCCUCCCAUCACCAGACCACCACCACCACCCCAGCCCCUCCCACCACCACCCCAGCCCCUCCCACCACCACCCCAGCUCCUCCCAAGACAGAUGCUUUCCUGGGCCCGGCAGAGUGUUUGGAUCAGAACUACACUAGACUGUCCUGUAACCGGGUCUUCUGUCCUCCCUGGAUGAGAUGUUUGGAGGGCAGGUGUGUGUGUAAGCUGCCCUACCUGUGUCCGAAGGAUGAGAAGAUGCUUCCUGUGUGUGGGAAUGACGGCAGAACCUACUAUUCCUAUUGCAUGGCCAUGGCUGUGUCCUGUCGGAGCGGACGACCAAUCAUGAGUCACUUUGAAGGAGAAGGAUGCUCAAAAGACAGUGAGAAGGUGGAGUCCAGUAUAGAUGACCAGACAGGUGUGGUCAGUCUGAAGAUUCCAGGUAAAGGGACGUUACUGGUUUGUGGAGAAGCAGGGUGGAACAUGGCUGCUGCUAACGUGCUCUGUCGGAACAAGAACCACCUGCUGGGAGCGGUUGAGGCCUCUUCUGUUGAUUAUACGGACAAGGAGACGACUGGUGCAGAUCACUGCGUUAAUGUACGUUGUCAAGGAUACGAGAACAGCCUGGCCGAGUGUUCCUUCUCAGACAGAACACCACGUGGGAGGGGUGACAAGAUCGCUACGGUAACCUGUUUCGAGGAGCCCAAAGAGGGGUCAAAGUGUGAGUUCCGGUGCGUCAACAGGAAGUGUGUGUUGUUGGAACAGACGUGUGAUGGAGUUGAUCACUGCGGAGACAGGAGUGACGAGAUGUGCUGCACAGCCUGCAGAGGUGAUUCAGCGUUCAGGUGUAAGUCAGGAGUGUGUGUGUCCAGAGAGGCAGUAAGAGACGGCAUAAGAGACUGUCUGGGAGGGGAAGAUGAAAUAAAGACACACCCUGUUCAACCUGGUCUUAGUUAUCCAGAGUUCAAGUCGACUCACCAAGUUCCUCGUAAUCCAGAGUUCAAGUCUCCUCACCAGGAGCUGAAAGCAUCCAGAGACAUUCUAGAAGGGAAGAUCCACUGUGGAAUCCCCAACGCCACGGCAACAGAGGAGAUCAGGGAGGGAAGGAGACAGAAACGUGUGGUGGGAGGACUGGAGGCCAAACCAACUCAGAUCCAGUGGCAGGUUGCGAUUCAGGAGAGGGGUCGUAUCGACUGUGGGGGCGCUUACAUUGGGGGCUGCUGGGUUUUGACUGCCGCCCACUGUGUCAGGCCUAAACCAGAAGCGUACCAAAUUAAGUUCAGCCUCUGGAAGAAGAGAACUGUUCAGGGAACUACAGACAUCGUCCCUGUCAAGAACAUUAUCAUCCACCACAAGUUCAAUGCUAACACCUAUGAGAAUGACAUUGCGCUGCUAGAGAUGAAGAAGCUGCCCUUCAGAGAGGACUGUUUCUUACCCAACCCAGCUGUGUCAGCAGUAUGUGUCCCUUGGUCUGUUCAACAGUUCAACCCCAAUCACACCUGCAGUAUCUCAGGCUGGGGAAGGAAGAGAGAUGGUUCUUCGGCUAAUGUGUUGCUGUGGGCCAACGUCUCCCUGAUUGACAACUGUCAGCAGUACUACAAGGAGCGCUUCAAGGACGGCAUGAUGUGUGCAGGUGACCUGGAAGGCCAUGUGGACUCUUGUCAGGGAGACUCAGGUGGUCCUCUGGUGUGCCAGGACUCUCUGGGCAUCUCCUACCUCUGGGGAAUUGUCAGCUGGGGGGAGAAGUGUGGACAGGCCAACUACCCUGGAGUGUACACUCAAGUAGCACACUACUUUGAAUGGAUCCGCGGCUACACCACCUGGCCUGCCGUAACUAAAUACAAUGUGUGAAAAAACAGCAGGGGUUCGUCAGUAUCAUCUGCCGGGUCUGGAGUACCGCAGGUUUGCAGUUCUACUGGGUCAUUUAUUGCCAGCCGAGGUCAGCGUACAUAAUGACACCAUCUGACGUGGGACAAUGGCCUCUUCAACUUUAGGUGGAGGGAAGACCGUAUUAAAAUAUGAAGGGUCCAGCCAGUAUUCACACAUAAAACAUGCAAAGGAAGAAUUAUAAAAAUUAUAUGAUUCAUCAAUAAAGAACUUGAGAUCCCAGGUCAUUUGUCUAGUUGCAUGUUUGGACUUAUUUAAUUUGAUUAAAAAUGUUGAAUUGGA